CCCCCCUUCUCCCUUGGUGAUUGCUGCAGCCCCUGAACCCAGUUCACAACAUUCAAUCUCGUAUCUCUUGAGACAAAAGUCACAUUCAAAAGCACGGCCAGCAAGCUCAACCCAGAGAGACCCAAAGCGCUGCCUACCCUUGUAGCUCCCUAAAAGUCCAACGACUCGAGAGCCGCAUCGCACUACUCCAUCACCAUGGACGCAGCUCAAUUGCUGGAGAAUUCCCUCAGUCCAGAUCCCAAUAUUCGAGAGCCAGCGACUAGAGAAUUGGAGAAUGCCUCAAAAGACAACUAUCAUGGCUACCUGCACACGCUAGCUGCUACGCUUGCCAACGAGCAAACACCGCCUCACAUUCGCAGAGCAGCUGGUCUAGCCUUCAAAAACGCUUUAGCAGCACGAGAUGCAGCCAACCAGUCUGCCCUCUCUGACCGCUGGCUCCAAUUGCCAGACGAUGCUACGCUCCCUCUCAAGCAAUCUCUCCUUUCCACUCUCGGCUCACAGCAACACGCAGCUGGAGCUGUGGCUGCUCAGUGUGUCUCUGCCAUUGCCGCCAUCGAAUUGAAGGCCGGCAAGUGGCAAGACCUGAUCCCGACUCUCCUCCAAUUUAUCGGCAAUCAGGAGAACACUGGGUUGAGAGUGAACACGCUUCAGGCUAUCGGAUACGUAUGCGAAGUCAUUGAACCGCAAAUCUUGGCGGCACAGUCCAACGACAUUCUCACUGGCGUCGUUCAAGGCGCGAGAAAAGAAGAGCCGAGCCAGGACGUCCAAGCUGCGGCUAUUCAUGCGCUAUACAACUCGCUCGAGUUCAUCAGCGACAACUUCCAGCGAGAGGGUGAACGAAACUACAUAAUGCAAGUCGUAUGCGAAGCUACUCAGUCUCCUUCGGUCACUGUCCAGGUCGGAGCUUUCGAGUGUCUAGUCAGAAUCAUGAGUUUGUACUACGACAAGAUGGACUACUACAUGGAGAGGGCGUUGUUUGGCUUGACCAUCAUGGGAAUGCGUCAUCCUGAAGAACCCGUCGCUCUCCAAGCCAUCGAAUUCUGGAGUACCGUCUGUGACGAAGAGAUUGACCUGGAUCUCGAGGCCAGCGAGGCUGCCGAGUACGGUGAGCUGCCAACCUUUGCGUCCAAGCACUUUGCCCGGAUGGCCAUGCCGGAGAUUCUGCCAGUCCUACUCGAUCUUUUGUCCCAGCAAUCCGAGGAUGAUGACGAGGACGAGUGGACAAAGUCAAUGGCCGCUGGCUCUUGUCUCGAAUUGAUGGCUCGAAAUGUCGGUGACGGCAUCGUUCAACCCGUCGUUCCAUUUGUCGAGGCUGGUAUCCAUCAACCAGAGUGGCAGCGCCGUGAGGCUGCCGUCAUGGCCUUUGGUUCCAUUCUUGACGGUCCGGACCCGUCUACACUCGCCCCACUGGUCACUCAGGCUCUGGGCGCGCUCAUCGGUAUGAUGGCUUCCGACCCUAGUCUGCAAGUCAGGGACACCGUCGCUUGGACCCUCAGCCGUAUCACCGAGGUCAUGUUUGAUGUCAUCAGCCCUGAUGCACAUCUCGACAGCUUGGUCCCGGCCCUGUUGAAUGGCUUGAACGGUCAAACAGCGUCUCCUCGAAUCAUCAACAGUUGUUGCUCUGCCCUCAGCAAUUUGGCUGCUCAACUCACUCCCCUCGGCGACUCUGGGGAUGCGCCUACGAGCCCGAUGUCAAAAUACUACCCCGACAUGCUGAGAAAUCUCAUGACCCUCUCUGAAAAGUCGACGAAUGACUCCAACAGUCGGACGGCUGCUUACCAGACGAUCGCCACACUCAUUGCUUCCUCUGCCACCGACACGCUACCUUUGGUGCAAGACGUAGUCAUCGCCAUGCUUGCCAGACAGGAAGCCUUGAUGGGCAUGCAAGGCCAGCUACUCGGCACUGACGACCGCAACAAUUGGAACGACAUGCAGAUCAAUCUGUGCGUUGUCAUUCAAAGCGUAAUUCACAAGUCGCCAUCCAUGAUCAACCAAUUUGCCGACAGGAUCAUGACCAACUUGUUGCAACUUAUUUCAUCAUCCGGCAAGCAGUCGGGUGUACUGGAAGAUGCAUUCGCCACUGUCGGCGCCAUGGCGACCGGUCUCGAAAGCGCGUUCACCAAAUACAUGGAAGCCUUCUCUCAAUUCAUGUACACUGCUCUCCGCUCGCACGAAGAUUGGCAAGUGUGUCAGGCGGCCGUCUACGUCGUCAGUGAUAUUUCUCGCGCGAUCAAUGAGGCCCUCACGCCGUAUGCCGAGAACAUUAUGGUGGCGCUGAUUGAGGUUCUGAGGACACCCGUCAUUCAUCGCUCUGUCAAACCCAACGCAAUCACUGCCAUCGGUGAGGUCGCGCUCGCCAUCGGACCUGGCUUUAAGCCUUUCCUCCAGACUACGAUGGAGAUCUUGAGUCAAGCUGGUGCCACAACUGCUCAAUCUAACGAUGCGGCCAUGAUCGAAUUUGUUUGGACCAUGCGCGAAGCCAUCGUGGACGCUUUCAUCGGUAUCAUGAACGGUCUCAAGACGGAUCCGGAGCCAUUCAAAGUCUACGUCGGCGGCAUCUGCGGAUUCCUUCGAGACUGUUGGAAUGACGAUGACAGGACAGAUCAAUUCGCCACCUCUACACUUGGCCUGCUUGGUGACUUUGGAGACACUUACAAGAGUGGCGUCUCCAACGAGCUCAUGCAGCCUUGGGUGUCGAGUGCCAUCUCUUAUGGUCGAGAACCAUCGAGCUCUAGGCAGCUCAAGACGAACGCUGCCUACGCUUUCAAGGCCAUCAAAGAACUGGAAAACCUCUGAUCGAACGAGUCUGUACAACACCUACGACUCCAAUGACCAGCUACUCUGACUCUGUGCAAAACUUUCAUCAUUUCCCACCUAGCAUCGCAUAAGUUUCCGCCGCCCUCUCGAACAACGCAUCUGGCCGCGCUCU